GCCUCCAUGGGUGUUGUGAACAUUAACAUUUCUUAGCAACUAUUUGACGUAUCACCUAUGUGUUUGUCAAAUGAUGGAUUUCGCGACAGUUUUUUAAACAAACCAGAAUUGUUUUCAAUUAUUUGAACAAACAAUCACAGUUAAUUGUUGGAAGUGCAAAAAGUUGUUCCACUCUCGGUGGAAUUGUGGUGUUUCGUAAUAGCCGAGUGGAAACUAUUUCUGGAAUAAAAUUGUGGAUUUAGGAUUUAGGAUAAUGGAGGCGGUGGCUAAACACGAUUUCAAUGCUACGGCAGAUGAUGAGCUCAGUUUUAGGAAGUCCCAAGUUCUUAAGAUAUUAAAUAUGGAAGAUGAUGUUAAUUGGUAUAGAGCUGAAUUGGAUGGUCGCGAAGGCUUAAUACCCAGUAAUUACAUUGAAAUGAAAAACCACGACUGGUACUAUGGAAGAAUUACAAGAGCAGAUGCUGAGAAAUUAUUAUCAAACAAACACGAAGGAGGUUUCCUUAUCAGAAUAAGUGAAUCCAGUCCUGGAGACUUUUCUUUGUCAGUAAAAUGUUCAGAUGGGGUCCAACAUUUCAAAGUCCUCCGAGAUGCACAAGGCAAAUUCUUUUUGUGGGUAGUGAAAUUCUCAUCACUAAACGAAUUAGUCGAGUACCACAGAGCUGCCAGUGUCAGUCGUUCUCAAGAUGUUAAAUUGAGGGACAUGACACCAGAGGAAGUACUCGUUCAGGCUUUGUAUGAUUUUGCACCGCAGGAGGCUGGUGAACUGGAAUUCAGACGGGGGGACGUGAUAACGGUGACAGACAGAUCUGACCAAAACUGGUGGCAAGGAGAAAUUGGCAACCGCAAAGGACUCUUCCCUGCCACUUACGUUACACCAUACCACUCGUAAAAUCAUUAGUGAUAAACGACAUAUAUACAUUUAUAUAUAUAU